ACGUAACUGUUUAUCUGAACGAUAUAACUGAUCAGAUAAAAAUCGUUGCAAGCCAUCUGACGUCGCUGCCCCUACACCAUUCCGAUAUAUCGUUACAAUUUGCAUCGCUUCCACACCACAGUUUCCGUAAUGUCAUCCGAGGAGGAGGAAUCUCUGGCUCUAGCAGGUUUAGCUGUGGCAUUAUGUGUAAAAAGGGCAAAAAGUGCAUCUGGAUCUAAGCGAGGUCGCAAGUGGAGUAGAGAAUGGCUACUGAAAAGAAAAACUUAUACUCAUAUAAACUUGUUGGCGGAGUUGAGAGCGGUGCCUAAGGACUGGAAAAAUUAUUUAAGGAUGAACGAGGAAACGUACUUGAACCUUUUAUCAUUAGUAACACCUUUCAUAGAGAAAGAAGACACAGUCAUGAGAUGUGCAAUAACGCCUCAUGAAAGACUGACAGCUACCUUAAGAUUUCUAGCCACAGGACGCUCCUAUGAAGACCUGAAGUUUUCAACCUUGAUAUCAGCUCAAGCUCUCCGGGUUAUUAUUCCUGAAACGUGCCGAGCGAUUUAUAAGGUUCUACAAAACCAGUAUUUGAAGUUCCCUCAAACGGAAGAAGAAUGGAAAAGUGUCGCAGGACAAUUUGAGCAAGAUUGGCAGUUUCCACACUGUCUAGGGGCGUUGGACGGCAAGCACGUGGAUAUUAUUCCUCCAGCUGACAGUGGUUCCCUGUUUUAUAAUUAUAAAGGACGCCAUAGUCUAGUCCUAAUGGCAAUCGCUAAUGCGAAAUGCGAAUUCAUCAUGUGUGAUUUUGGCUCAAAUGGCAGGAAUUCGGAUGGCGGAGUGAUACAGAAUACUCUGUUUUACAGAAAAUUAACUAAUAAAUCUCUGAAUAUACCAGCUGAAGGACAAUUAGAUAAAUCACAUAGAGUUUUACCAUAUGUCUUUGUUUGCGAUGAUGCUUUUGCACUUCGGCCUGAUAUGAUGAAACCUUAUAGAAUGGGAGACUUGACUGGACAUAACGAAAGAAAGAUAUUUAACUAUCGUCUCUCACGAGCACGUCGGGUGAUAGAAAGUGCUUUCGGAAUUAUGGCCUCAAGAUUUAGAAUAUUUCAUACACGAAUAAAUUUGAGUUUAGACAACAUUGAUGCCGUAGUUAUGGCUUGUUGUGUGUUGCACAAUUAUCUAGUGAAAUCUUCGCUCAGCUAUGCCUCUGCGGAUUGCUUUGAUGUAGAAAAUAUAAACUGCGGUACCACUGUGCAAGGUUUAAGAGCUGAAGAUUCAAAUAUGAUGAAUAUCGCCCGAAGAAACCAAGGAAACCCGAUGGAAGCCGCUAAAAUUAUCAGAGAAAAUUUCGCUGAUUAUUUCAUCAGUGAAGGUAAACUGCCAUGGCAAGACAACUUUAUUGAGUGAAGAGAAAUUAAGGUUGUAGCUACAUCUUCGUGCUCAAGUAUGUGUGUGACAAUGCUACAUAAAAGAACCUCUUAGGUAACUGAAAUUGCUUUCUGGGUGUUAUGUAUGUAAUAUAAUUAUGAUCCAGUGUUUCAUGUGCCAACGGGCCGGAUAGUAGAGCAUAAUUGAUAUUUUUUAUUUGUUUUGCUGUUAAAUGAUAGGUUAAAUAAAAUUUUAGAGUGAAAAAAUAUACAUAAUUAUCUACUUGUGUGACAUACGAGACGGAAACAUAACAAAUUGACUGGGUAACUCAAAUAAUUCAUACCAUAUUACAUAUCUCAAUAACGUCGUUAAUAUAUAGGCAACUUUAACUCACUUUGUCUCAUUAAAUGCACAAGAUGGCUCAGAAUAUUGUGUUGAACACAUUUACUUCAAAUGUUAAUACCAUUUAUUCUAUGGGCGUGUCGCACUUCAUUAAAAAAGAAUACAUGUAUAACUCA